GAUAAACACCUGUGACACAAGAAGCCGGAAGCUGUUAAUGUGAUGAUGAGACGAAGGGAUAACACGAGCUGUAUCCUCCUAUUUUAAAUCAUGGCCGAACUGACACCGUCUGAAAACUUGUUUCAGAUAUGGAUGAGGUUCUCCUCAAAGAAUGAUGUCGCCAUUUUAAAAGAAUUCAUAGAGACCUUUGUGGACACCUAUCAGAACUUGAUUGACUUGGAAUUCCAACAUCUGAAUGAUGGGUUUUCGGAGGAGGGCCCCCAUUUUACCAAGCUCCCUGAUGGACUGCUACAAAUGCUGUCUCACCACCUUACUCAGUGCCUGGAGAAAUCCCGUGAAGACUUGGGUCUUGAGCACGUUCAUUUUGCCGAGUCAGUGGUGAAAUGUUUGAUUAUCAUAUCAAGAAAUUACGACAACGUACCACUGCUGGGAUCUUGUCAGUUUGUUAAAAACCUGGUGUCCCUCGGAACAAUGCUCAUCGAAAAGAUUUCUCAGAAUGUUCUCCAGGAAGUUCAGAUAAAGGAAUUCCUGAAGCUGACAGUUCACUUCUUCGAAUGUUUGUACGACCCGUACUUUGUUUGGAGGAAAAGAUUAAAGGGUUGGGUGGUUGACAAGAGUCGGAUGACAUACAAACCAGCUGAAUUACAUGUGGAAGUUGUUCCUUUCUUUUAUGACUGCUGUAACAAGCCCUGUCUAUCUGUGUCACUGAAGACCAGGUUCCUCCAUCUGUUUGGGGAAUUGAUGUGUGGAACACAGAGCAAUGCAUUGAAGGUAAUCACACCCGCCACGCUGGAUGUUCUGCUUCAGAUGAUGUCAUCCAACGAGGUGUCUGGACCGGCCAAUGAGCAGCGUCAGGAUCUACUGGAGCUCAAGGACCUGGCUCUCAAGUGUAUCGUGUGUAUGGUUCACAUGAUCCAUGGAUCCAGUCCAGAUCAGAGGCAGGUGGAGGUAUCUCAGGUGAUGGAGGGUUACAUGGAAGUGUUAACGGAGGCUGAUAUUCAGUCGGAGGACGGAUUCAAUCAGCAGAUGCAGCUCAGCAUGAUCCGUGCAGUGAAUGAGAUGUUGGCGUGUCAGGAUCGGAGUGCCCUUCAGGUGACCUUGGUCAGUGGAGGAACGUUCGAUUCCCUGGUGGCUCUACUACAGAAAACCUCGUUGACCGGAUCAGAAGCCCAGUGUUUGGCAAUGUCUGUGUUACGAGUCAUUUGCUCCGUCCUCACUGGUUCCAUUAAUGCCAAGGAGAGGUUUGCAUUACGAGUUGGUUAUGGGAAGUUUGUAGAAGCCCUGAAGAGUCUGGGUCAGCCAUCCAUGUCGCUACUGAAAGGAGUACUUAACCUGGUUGUAGAAGAGGAAUUUUGUGAGGGCAAAAGUCACAUGGUCAGAAAUGUCCAAUCAGCAUUGAUGUUACUUUGCUGGUUGCCUGAUAUUCAGUCUAAAGAACUACAGAUUUGGUUGGCUGAUCAUCUGUGUGCCUUGAGCUCUCAGAAACAGAACAAAAUGAACUGUUGCAACGAGGGAAUGAUUUCUGUCAUCAUCAAAGUGCUGGGCCGUCAGAAGCAGAUCGAUGCCCGGGCAGUGGCAUUACUGAUAAACUUGUUGGAAAUCCUGGGCACUCACUCCAUUACUGCCAUAGAACUAAAACAACUGAUGGGACAUUUAAAACUAGACGAGGAGGAAAAUCAGUUUAAACAUGGUACAGAAUCUCUCAUUAGCUCUUGUAAUGGUGGUUUCUUGUUCCAGAAUCCCAAUUUUACGAGGAUGAUGAGGGCAUUAUGUGUGAUGUCACGACGAGAAGGGAAGGAGGUAGCUCAUUACUUCCUGACGUUGAUGGAGGACAACGAGAUGAUAUCAAUGCCUGGCUUCAGGAAGUGGCCGGGGAACGCCUUUGCUUUCCACUCCUGGAUCUGUCUAAAUCCUAGAUCCACCCCACCAGGAUCAAUAGAACAAGUGUACAGAAGACAGUUAUACAGUUUUGUGUCCAACUCUGGCUGUGGGUUUGAGGCAUUCGUUACCAUGGAGUUUGACCUUGUAGUGUCUGUGUACAACAGGAAGGAGCACAGCUCUGUGGAAGUCACAGAUACGUCGCUCGGCGAUGAGCACUGGCAUUCUAUUAACAUCGUCCAUAGCAGUUCUAGAAGGCCCUUCACUAGCAGCCAGCUCCUCGUUUACAUCGAUGGAAAACUCAAACUGAGCUCACAGCUGAAGUUUCCUAAUGUAUCAGAGCCGUUCACAGACUGUAGAAUAGGAAGUCCGUGUAGUAAGUCUAUGGUGAAGGCCUUGAUCGAUCAGAACCAGUCCGCCAGCACAGAGAGUGCUAAACAAUCACCUCUCAGACGGCUGUUCCAGAGAAAGAAGGACUCGUCUGACCCAGAAAUCACCUCCAUCCCCACGGCAACUCACGAGGACGUGUGGGGGGUCCCGGUUAACCUGGGUGGACAGUUGGGCUCGGUGGCCGUGUUCCACGACACGAUCAGUGCCGCUCAGGUCAAGGCCCUGCACACUGCUGGACCAAAUCAUCCCAUUUUAUUUUUUGAUGAUGAUUUCCCAGAUUUUGUGGACCUGCCUGGUAAAGCCUUGGUUUAUUACAAUGCCAAGGCUUGUAAAGAUGGCCAGUGCAUUGAUUUGUCUCCAAACCGUAAUGAUGGACAUGUGAUUGGACAGAGAUGUGUCAUUUGGGAUAUAAAGGAUGUGAUAAAUGGGAUAGGAGGGAUUCAGGUUUUGUUUCCCUUGCUAGAACAAGUCAACAAGGGACCUGUACCAGACCAGGACAAUUUACCGCUGCUAGAUCUCAUAGGGGACCAGAACCAGUCUCGGGACAAUCUGCCGCCGCUAGACCUCGUGGGGGACCUGAACCAGUCUCAGGACCAGGAUGACUGGGUGGUGGUCCCCAGCAGUUCAUACUCUGAUUCCAAGUUGGAGCAGAAUCAAGUAGCAGGAUUCCUUACAUUACUGCGUCACAUGAUCCACUCCCAAGCAACCAAUCAGGAGGCAAUGAUCCGAACGGGAGGUGCGGCAACAAUUGGAGCUCUGUUACAGAAAGUGAAUUCACGGUUGAUAGAUGUGAAUGUGUUGAUGUCGGUUCAGCUACUGGUAGAGACCACAGCCAGUGUGAACCCGACUCUCUUAAACCAGUUGUACCAGUAUCUGUUAUUCGACUUCAGAAUUUGGAGUGACAGCGAGUUCCCUGUCAGAAUAGGUCAUAUUCAGUAUCUGUCUACCAUCAUCAAGGACGACAAAAAGUUCUUCAGGAAAAGGUUUGGAGUUCAGUAUGUCCUAGACAUCGUGAGAAUGUUCUACAGCCAGACCUCAACACUAGAUAAAGGCCUAGCCUCAGAGGAUAUGAGGACCAUCCGAGUCUCCUUAAUGAGCCUCAUCAAGUACUACAUAUCACGAGAUGUCGCAUACGAAGAGCUCAACUCCAUUCUCAAAUUUUUAUUUGCUGUCAAGGAUGAAGAUAUGGUGUGUGAAAUGAUGGAUGUCCUAAUUGCCUUGUUGGAGGGGAAGUCUAAGAAUGAUCAACUACAUCUCCUGAUGUUUGAACCUGAGAUGGGGGAGCUGAUGUAUGGACUUUUGGUGCAUCCUGGGAAAUCUGUUGUAUAUUAUGAAAAAAUCAUUAAGGUACUGUAUUUGCUGUUGACCUCGGACAAAGUGUAUGAAAAGAGUAAGCUCCCCUUACGGUUGUCAGAUAUAGGACAUUUGGGUUUGGUGGAACUGAUGAAAAAUUGUGAUAUCUCGGGACCAAUGUUCAAACGUUUUCUGGAACAAGUCUCAGCUCAGGAUGUGUCUCAAAGUUACAACUCUAUCCUGGCAGUGUUACAGCUAAUCCAGUUCUCAGCAUCUGACAUCAAACUGGAAGCAAGCAGACAGUUGCUGUCCAUUUUGGUAAACAGACCAGGGGCUGCCAAACAGUUUGUGAAACAGCUUGGAUGGCAGGAAGCCAUAACUAAACUGUUACUCUUCCGAAAGACAGAGGAAAUUCAGCAAUCUGACUCUUUAAUUCCUGAAGAUAAAAAUGUGAAAUUUUCUCUUAAUGACACUGCCCAAGAGGAGAGACUUACAGAGUGUGAUUCUGAAACUCAACUCGAUCAAUCGUGCAAUAAAAGCAUCAGUGUUCCAAAGCAUCUGAGUCUUUCAAUAUCUAACUGUGAUAGUGGAAACUUGUCUUCCCCUAAAGAGCCCUCAACACCUUUUUACCUUUCAAGGACAUUUGAUGACAUAAAUAGCUCAGAGGAUGAUAAGUCAAGGUCAGCCAGCAGAAGCUCCAGUGCUAGCAUUGAAGAUUUGACAGGAGUGGGUCAAAGGACAUCCUCAAUCAGUGCCUCAGUGUCCUCAUUCUCCAUUAGUGAUAGUGCAAUAGAUUUAAACGUUUCAGUGACCUCCUCAAAGGAGAAACGUGUGAGUUCCUGUUUUACGCAGGCAGAUACAAUACAGAAAGCUUUGGAUAACCUUGGGAUUCAGAAAAUCUGUUUUAAGGACAGCGGUGAGAGGACUGAGGAGCUGUGUCAGAACGUCCUCCUCAUUCUCCUCACCAUCAUGUGGAAGGGAGUGGAGGGCUCAGACGAUGCUGCGUGGAAGGAGCGAGGCAUCGUCAUUUCGUGGGUGGAUUAUUUAUGCGAGGACCAUGAACUUAUUAGGUCACCCUGGGAAAUCAAGAGACGCCUCCUAGAAAUGAUGAUCCACUCCUGCACUUCCGAUUUGAAGGAAGCAGAUGAAGAAAAACAAUCGAGGUCAUCUGAAUCGGACAAAGACCCCUCCACUCAAAUGCAACAACUUCUGACUUCUACCCUCAAAAGCGCCUCCCAAAUUAUAGACAGCAUUAAGCUGUCUCAAGAUACAGCAACGCCCACAGAGAAUGCAAUACAUCUGGUUAAAUUGGUUCAUUGCUUCAUGUCUCAGGAUGCCAAGCAGGACAAAGAGAAGUUCAGUGAGAGGUUAGUAGAGGACAUGAUGGCCUUACUAGACAAUCUAGCUGUGUGGGAUGUGGAAUCUGACGGAGGGUGGAAAGAAAUGGCCCGGCUCGGUCUGUGUCUUCUCAUACAGUAUGCUAGUCAGCCAGACCUAGAGCUGUGUGCUGUAGCGACAGCCAAGCUCCACACUCUGGUCCAGACGAAGCUCAUCUCCAGUUCCGCUGAAGCUUCUUUUCUGAUCGGAAACCUCAAUCUCAUGGUGCUCAAAGCCGUCAGGGAUAAAUCUGACACCUACUCCUUCCUUAUCCCUGUGAUGAAGGCCCUCUUGGACAAGGCAAGCAGUCUCCUGAACCUUGACCUACUUUUGCCAGACCUUCCCCCGACCAAUCACAGUCCGGCUUUCUUCGAUGACUUCAAAACCUACUGUGUCUCGGAGCAGUGGAAUCAGUUUCUAGAGAGUUAUGUGAAGCCUCAGAUGCUGCAUUUUGAUGAGAGUACAUUUAGAGAUCUAGAAUCCAACAUCAGCGACUUCUGGGGGCAGUGCAAGGAAGCCAUGAUGGUUAACAUGCACAUGAAAAAUCGAGAAAAAGGCGAAUCCAAACUUAAAUUUCAAAACAAGAUACUUGACCCGUUCCACAACAAGGAAUCAUCAGAGCAGAAGAGAUUCCACAAUGUGACAGUUCAACACAAGAGUCAGCACCAGUCUACACUGAAGCAGUGGAGAGCCACCAAACGCUUCUUCACUGGGGAGAGAGGGGCGUGGUCUGAAUAUACUACAUCAUCCAUGCACUGGAAGUUGUCCAACCAAGAGAACUUCAAAAGGAUGAAAGUGAAGAUGAUCCCAAAUUAUGGUUUUGAUCCCCAUACUGAGGCCAGUUACCAGAGAGACAAUCUAGGAGCAAGCGAGGCGGACAUUGCUGAAGAGAUACAGAAGAUAAAGCUAGCACGUGAGGCGCUGGUAUCCAAAGAUCAGAUCGAUGAGGACAUCAUAGGGGAGGAAGACUGGAGUGUUGUCAGUACAGAUCUCAGAACCAAUGAGACCCAAGGGAAAGAGAAACUGGUUCUCUCUGAGGAAUGCGAGCUGGUGACCAUGGUGGAUGUGGUUAAGGGUCGGCUAGAAGUCACAACGUCCAGCAUCUACUUCUUUGACUGCAGCACAAACAGAGAGGAAGGAGGUGAGGAUUUUAAAUGGUCACUGUCCCUGCUACGAGAAAUUCACUUCCGACGUUACAAUCUGCGGAGGAGUGCUAUAGAAAUAUUUAUGAUCGACCAAACCAACUUCUUCCUGAACUUUGAAGCAAAGAGGAGAAAUAAAGUUUAUAGUAAGAUCUUGAGUCUGAAACCUCCCAACCUCAUCUAUACUGUGUCAAGGUCACCAGCAGAGAUGCUCAAGGCCUCGGGACUCACCAAGAAAUGGGUUCAAAGAGAGAUAUCCAACUUUGAGUACUUGAUAGAAUUGAACACUAUAGCAGGUCGGACGUACAACGAUCUUAGCCAGUAUCCCGUGUUUCCAUGGAUACUGUCAGACUACACCUCUGACUCUCUGGAUGUGGAAAAUCCACAUGUGUAUAGAGAUCUCAGCAAACCUAUAGGAGCUAAUAAUCCUAAAAACGAGAGGGAGGUCCGAGAAAAAUUCAACAGUUUUGAGGACCCCUCAGGAGUGAUAGAGAAGUUCCACUACGGUACCCACUACUCCAAUGCCCCCGGGGUCAUGCAUUACAUGAUCAGAAUGGAGCCCUUCACCAGCCUGCAUAUACAGCUACAAAGCAAUAGGUUUGAUGUGGCAGACCGACAGUUCCAUUCCAUUCCGGCCACCUGGCAAUCUCUGAUGGACAACCCUAAUGAUGUCAAGGAACUUAUCCCAGAAUUCUUCUAUCUCUCUGAAUUUCUGGUGAAUGCAAAUGAUUUUGACCUUGGGAAGCUACAAGGUUGUAAGGAGCGAGUGAACCAUGUGGUUCUCCCCAGGUGGGCAAAGUCACCUGAAGACUUCAUCCACAAACACAGGAAAGCCCUGGAGUCGGAGUACGUCUCCGCGAACAUCCACAACUGGAUCGACCUCAUCUUCGGAUACAAACAAAAAGGGCCCGCAGCUGUGGAAGCCCUCAAUGUCUUCUAUUAUUGUACUUAUGAAGGGGCUGUGGACUUGGAUGCAGUGAAGGAUGAAAAAGAGAGGAAAGCUAUAGAAGGAAUGAUUAACAACUUUGGACAAACACCUUGUCAACUUUUAAAGGAGCCCCACCCCAGAAGAAUGACAAUGGAUGAAAUGGUUGCUAAGGCAAUCAAAUCUGACCGUCCUCUCAGUGUGCUGGAAUUCCUCCAUCAACUCAAGGUCUUCUUUGUAGAGGUGUCCCAUGAAACAGACCCGCUGGUGUAUAUUUCAGUCCCCAGAAAUCAGGCCAGAUCUAUAAUACAGCAUGGAAUGGCUGAUACCAUGGUGACAAUCUCAGAGGGAGGCAUCAUUGGACUCCAUGGCUGGCUGCCAUAUGAUAAAUCUAUCUCCAACUAUUUCACUUUCGAAAAAGACCCAGCUCUUAGCAACCCAAAAAGUAAGAGAAGAAUGCCGUGUCCUUUUGCAUCGAAUCUGAAGGUCGACCCCAAGUUGUUUACGGUAUCCCAUGAUGCCAAAAUUUUGUUCAGCGUGGGACACUGGGAUAAUAGUCUUCAGGUGUAUCAUCUAGGGAAGGGCAAAAAGGUCAACCACAUCAUACAACACACAGAUGUGGUGACGUGCCUAGCAUUGGAUCACUGUGGGAGACAACUGAUCACAGGUUCGGCAGACACGUCUUGCAUAGUGUGGGAAGUUAUCAUGCAGGGUGGUGUAAGUAGCAAUGUGAGCAGCAAGCGGCUACAGACGUUGUACGGACAUGACGCGGAAGUGACCGCUGUCCAGCUGUCAGUGGAACUAGAUACCGCAGUGUCGGCCUCAAAGGACGGCACGGUAAUUAUCCAUACAGUCCGGAGGGGACACUAUAUGAGGACUCUCCGCCCGCCGUGCACCAUGGGAUACACGUUAAAUAUUCCUCACAUGGUGAUGGAUGACACGGGGCGGAUUGUGUUAUACUGCCACGAAACUUUACCUAUUGAACCGAAGGAGAGGUUCUCCCUUCACCUUUACUCCAUUAAUGGACAACACCUAUGUACAGAGAGACUUAGUCUGGGUCUGGGUCAUGUGAUCAAUGUCGGAGAUCACCUGAUCACGGGAGACAGUCAGGGUCAACUCUGUAUCUGGGAAACGUUUGGCCUCAGACAGCUGACAGUUCUGCCACUUCAUGUGCCUGUACAUUCAUUGGGCAUCACCGCUAGCAACAGUCACAUAUUUGCUGGUCUCCGCGACGGGAAACUUAUCAUAAUAGGAGUGAAAAAUCGAUCAGAAAUCCGAUGACACAGCCUUAAAACUAAGAUCACGGUUUAGAUUUUUGUCAGAGAUGUCACAUCCAAAAGAUAAUCAGAUGUCGUAGCAUUUAUUGUUCUCCACGAAUAUUGUUUUGCAAUGCUUAUUUAUUGAAAGAGUAAUCUGACAUAUUGACUGUUUUACGAGUAAUCUGACAUUUUGACUGUUUUUGAUUGACAUAGUACAUUUUGUUCAUUUCUUGUUUGGUUUUUGGAUAAUCCAGUCUGUAACACAGAUAUGAAACAGUGUGUGUAAGGGAGGGGUUAAAAUUCAAUGUCUACUGUGACUGGAUAAUCCAGUCUGUAAUACAGAUGUCUAUCAUUGUGUGUAAGGGAGGGGUUGUAAUUCAAUGUCUACUGUGAUUGAAUAAUAUGAACAGUAUGUAAUACAGAUGUCAAUCAGUGUGUGUAAGGGAGGAGUUAUAAGUCAAUGUGUACUGUGAUUGGAUAAUCCAGUCUGUAAUACAGAUAUCAAUCAGAGUGCAUAAGGGAGGAGUUAUAAUUCAAUGUCUACUGUGAUUGGAUAAUACAGAUGUCAAUCAGAGUGUGUAAUGGAGGGGUUAUAAUUCAAUGUCUACUGUGAUUGGAUAAUACAGAUGUCAAUCGGAGUGUGUAAGGGAGGAGUUAUAAUUCAAUGUCUACUGUGAUGGAUAAUACAGAUGUCAAUCAGAGUGUGUAAGGGAGGGUUUAUAAUUCAAUGUCUACUGUGAUUUUGGUGUAAUUUUUUUUUUGUAUGAUGGAAGUUAUUUUUAUCCGAUACAACUCUCAGUUGUACUCAGUUAAUGUGAUAUUUUCUCGUUUUUUAAAAUUUGUAAUUGGUGAGUGUUUGCAAGGUCUGUAACAGAUAAUAUAUUAUGAUAAUGCUUUUAUAAUACACAGGAUAUAUAUGACAGACAUAUCUACCUGUAUUUCUAUAUUCUGUUGAUAAACAUGUUUUAUGAUAUCCGUUUAUUUAUACAUAUCUUCAGCUAUGUAUGGUGUUACUCGGACAUUUGGAACCAUGUACUCAUUGUAUGUAGUUUUGAGAAAAGCCCUUGUAAAACAGGGAAGGUGCUGAGAUGUAUUAGGAUCAGUGUUGUAAAUACAAAAGACAGGGUCUAAGACCCCCAAACAUAAUACUCAUUCUACCUAUAUUUAUUUAAAAGUCUAAAUUAAUGAAAUUUUAUUUAGUGUGAUUGUAAUAAAUAUAUUUUACACUAAUCAUUAAGUCUCGAGGUCCUCAAAACAUUUGAUUAGUUUUUUUUUUUACUUUAAAAAAAUCAUUGGGAAAAAAUAGGCAUGUUUUGAAAGUUUUUCAAUACGGAUUGUUUGUGAUUGUUUCAUAGGAAUUCUUGCCUUGGGAGAUUAUCAAUGACAAAGUCUCUCUCACCCAGUAUGGCACUGUAUUAUAAAAUUUUCAUGCCAUAUUCUUAUUUUAUUUAAUUACAUCAGGAUUUAUUUACAAAUAAUUUUCUUUCUCUACAUAAAAUACUCCGUAUUAAACUAUGAUCCAGUCAGUGUGCCACUUUGUGUUCAUCAUACAGCAGCCUCUACCUACAGUUGUCCUUCUUUGUUCUCACGUGUAUUCGAGGUACAGUCCACUCCAGAUGUAUUGAAAUUCAGGGGUUCAUUAUAUUCAAAGUUUAUUGUAACUGAAUUUCAACUAUGUUAAAAUUUUUACUGGAGAUUUAUUUUACUUCAAUAUAACAGAUGGUUCAAUAUAAGCAACUUGAAUAUUACAGAUAAUUCAAUAUAUAACAGAUAGUUCAAUAUAAGCGACUUCAAUAUAAGUGGAGUAGACUGUACGAACAACAACUCAGGGUAGAGAUUGACCAUAGAGUUGCCAAACCUCAUAACAACAGCUCUUUUGUGCCUUGUAAGUACAGUAAAUCAUGGUUACAGUAAAUUCACUUAUAAUGAAAUCUUGCUUACAGCAUUCACACCUGCAUUGAAGUGAUAUUUAUUUCCCUGUAGUUUUAAAACAUGUGAACUCACUAGAUAAUAAAUUACAUUAAUAAUGAAUCAAACUUCUUUGUCCCCAGCACUUCACUAUAAGCGUGUUUUACUGUAACUGUUUGUCCCCAACACUUCACUAUAAGCAUGUUUUACUGUACUAGCUGUUUUGAUGCAGUGUGCUGAUUUUAGUAAUGCUUCUAGUGGAAAUUCAUCGCUGUUUUUCGAUACAUGUAUGUACGUUUUAUAUCCCGACUCCAUCCAUAUGACAAGCUUACUCUGGCCUUAAAUGACUGAAUACAGUAAAUGUUUGUAAAAGAUUAAAGCAAAUGUUUCCUGUAGAAGAUUUAAGCAAAUGUUUCCUGUAAAAGAUUAAAAUAAUUGUUUCCCUAUCUUUUGUUCACAACAGUGGUCCUACAAAGCCAAAUUGAUUUUUAUUAGAUAUAUAUGGCAUAAUGGAACAUAUGGGUUAGUUGAUUUUAUGAGAACACUUUGAAUAGUGUGCAAUAAAGAUGUAGUAAAUUUC